AUGAUCAUUUACAAGGACGUUAUCUCCGGCGACGAGAUGAUCUCGGACGCCUACGACAUGAAGUUGGUGGACGACGUUGUGUAUGAAGUGGACUGCACCAUGGUUACAAUUAAGAAGGGCGCCGAUGUUGAUAUCGGUGCGAACGCUUCGGCUGAGGAGGCCUCAGAGGAACUUGAGGAUGGCUCUGAGACUGUCAACAACGUUUGCCAUUCUUUCCGUCUCCAGCCAACUAGCUAUGAUAAGAAGAGCUACCUUGGCCACCUUAAGACAUACAUGAAGACUGUCAAGGCCAAGCUCGUCGAGAAUGGCGCCGCUCCUGAGGAGGUUACCACUUUCGAGAAGGGUGCUCAGGCAUUUGCCAAGAAGAUCGUUGCCAACUUCAAGGAUUACGAGUUCCUUGUUGGUGAGAGCAUGGAUAUCAACGGAAUGGUUCCUCUUCUUAACUACAGAGAGGACGGAUCUACUCCUUUUAUUAUUUUCUGGAAGCAUGGAAUGAAGGAGGAGAAGGUUUGA